UGGAAUGCAGCAGGAAACCCAUGAUUUCCUGACACUCGGCAAGCUGGAGGAAGCAAGGAAAAACUCCAUUAAAAAAGCCCAGCUUCCCUCCAUGUUAGAUGUGAAGUGGAAAAUGGGGAAGAUUUAGCAAAAUUCCACAGUGUCUUCAGUCAGGCUUGGAGAACAGGGGACCAGAGUAAACCCCUCCAGCUGUUGAAAUUUCUAGACUCCCAGGAAACCCCUAGAAUUCAGUGAAGAUGAGGAUUUCUUAACUUGAACUGAUGGGGGAAAGGGACAGAUGCUUUUAAUCACUCUCCCCAGUGCGUUACCUGUCCCGAUCAGUAUGGUAAGUGAGAGGGCAUGUGCCAGCCACCUCGGACGAGUCCGCAGGAUCCCAGUCACCCCAAGUAAGGCAGAGUGAUCUCAAGCCUGCCGCGGGCUUCAUGGGCUUUGGAAGAAGCGGGAGAAGCAACAACCACAGCACAGGAACGGCAGCUGGAGCCGCGAGCAUGAACUGCCAGGAGGGAAAUGAGAGCAGCUGCGGCUGUGGUGGCCACGAGGAGAAAAAGAUGCUCAAGUGUGUGGUGGUGGGGGACGGCGCCGUGGGCAAGACCUGCCUGCUGAUGAGCUACGCCAACGACGCCUUCCCCGAGGAAUACGUGCCCACUGUGUUCGAUCACUACGCAGUUACUGUGACAGUGGGAGGCAAGCAACACUUGCUCGGACUGUAUGACACCGCAGGACAGGAGGAUUACAACCAGCUGAGGCCGCUCUCCUACCCCAACACUGAUGUGUUUUUGAUCUGCUUCUCUGUCGUAAACCCUGCCUCUUAUCACAACGUCCAGGAGGAGUGGGUCCCGGAGCUGAAGGACUGCAUGCCUCACGUGCCUUACGUCCUCAUAGGGACCCAGAUUGAUCUCCGAGAUGACCCCAAAACUUUGGCCCGUUUGCUAUACAUGAAGGAGAAACCUCUCACUUACGAGCAUGGUGUGAAGCUUGCAAAAGCGAUUGGAGCACAGUGCUACCUGGAAUGCUCGGCCCUGACCCAGAAAGGCCUCAAAGCAGUGUUUGAUGAAGCAAUCCUCACCAUUUUCCAUCCCAAGAGAAAGGAGAAACAUUGUUCCCAGUGUCACAACUGCUGCUCAAUUAUCUGAGGUGUGAGACCCCCCGCCGCCCCGCAGAGGGUGAGAAUGGCAGCCGAUCUCUGUGACCCAGCUCAAGCCAAAAGGAGGGCGUGACCAGAGAGGAAGUCCCGACCCAGAGGACUGCCCCUCCGCCCUGUGAGCCCUCCCGAGCACAGCACACUCCCAGCCAACUGCCGCUUCCUCCCUACCAGCCAGAAGCAUCCACGUUGCACACUCCGUGAGAAUGCUGAGCCCAGAUCCCAGCCAGGGCCACUGCCGACCACGUGGGAAACAAAAUCAGGGCCAUCUUGAGGUUUCCAUCAUCCCCUCCAAGAACAUGAAACUGAUAGGAAAUCAUCACAGGAAAACCAAAAAAAAAAAAGAACUUGGUUCUUGUAUUGGUGGCCUUACAUGAUGUCUUUUACAAAACAUGGGAAUAUGAUACUAACCUUUUUUUUUUUUCUUGAAUCUGCUGUUCUACUAUGUGUCUUACAUUAAUUUGUAUUAUUUUAAGAAAUUUACUAAUUUACCAGUUUACUCAGGCCUUAAAAAACCACACCAAACUAUCUUAAAGAAAAAGGUUUUUAUGUUCAUUCCUAUUUUCAGCAUGUUUCUACCAAAGCUAUUAAAACCAACAUGUACCUCUGAAUGCCUGACUGUAAGAAGAUACAAGGAAAUGUUGAAACUUUUGGAAAUAUACGAAGCUGUAAUUUCUCAACCCGAUUGAAAGAAACACCAUCUGGAUUGUUGCAGGUCCACAUGUAUUGCCUAAGAUUCACCCCCAGAAAUGCUUACGUUGAUUGGUCACUUUAUUUUUUCCACAUUAUAUUGUCAUUGUUGUUGUUUAGUUGCUAAGUCAGGUCUGACUCUUUGCAACCCUUUGGACUGCAGCACACCAGACUUCACUGUCCUUCACUAUCCCCCAGAGUUUCCUCAAACUCAUGUCCAUUUAGUCAGUGAUGCCAUUCAACCAUUGCAUCCUCUGUCUCCCCCUUCUCCUCUUACCUUUAAUCUUUCCCAGCAUCAGGGUCUUUUCUAAUGAGUUGGCUCUUCAAAACUACAAAUGAACUGUGCUUUUAAGAAAGUAGGAUUUCUGUUUUUCAAUCAAACUGAUUAGGAAGAGAAUAUGGCAGACCUAUCUUAUAAAAAAUUAUUGUUCAUUAAAGUGAAAUUUCCUGCUCCCUCCCUUCCCCACUGUAUGCCUAUUUCCUCUCUUCAUUUCACACUGUCUCCCAUGCCCAAUAACAACUUGAUUCCAAAGAAGCAACUGAUCAUGGGAUGAAAAAAGUUGCGUUUUAAAGUCCCAAAGGUUAAGCCAAAGUGCCUCAAUUUUUCCUCUCACUUCAACUGAAAGUACCUCUCAGUUUGUCCCAUGGGAGCUCUCAUUCUCUUUAAAGGAUAUUUUUCAAGUAUAACUGGUACUAAAAUACUGCCCCUCCCUAUUUCCUGUACUCAUUGUCCCAAAUGUGUAUUUUGGUCUAUAUCCAUGAGUACCAAGCUCUGGAUCCACCUGUGCCCUGCUUCCAAAAUGAUGUACUCUAUGGAACCAGGACUUUGGGCUUGGGAAAGAGACUCUUCCAAACAUCCAGGGAUUCUUGUAUCUCAGAGUGAUUUAUUUCCUAGCUUUUAAUUAGAGACUGUGAAGGCUUCUAAUUAGUCUUAUUUGCUUACAGUUAUCCUGGAAACACCCAGGUAGGCACUUUAUUUUUAUUUCAACUGCCUAAGCAAAGUGCCUCUUUGCAGAAUGAAAUUACAUGAAUUUUAGUUUAAGAAUUUCUAGAUUCACACUCCUGUUGGAAAAAUCCAGUCUUUCUUGUUCUUUCUGUUCCUGGAGGAAGCACAUUUUAAAAGAAGCAUACAGUAUUGGUCUUUUGUGUGAAGACCUUCCAUGACACCCCCUCAGUUUUUUGGGUUUUGUUUGUUUGGAAUUUUUGAAAUGUGCUUUCCCUUCUUCUACAUUUCAAGUUUUAUUUCUCUUCUCUCCCAUCUAGUUGCUGAACAUUUUCUUGAAUAUACACACACCCCACCUAAAAGAAAACGGGAGUUUUGUAAGUCAAAGCUUGACAUUUAGAGAUAACAAGGACAUUCUCUCUUUGUAAAUGGAAAUCAACCAUGUAUAAACUGUAACUCUGAAGAUGUUGAGUUCAUCCUUUACAAACAAUAAUGAGCAUUUAGCCCUAUAAUAAAUGAAGUGCCGUUA